ACAGGCAUUUCCUCCGUUCGUUAGACCGUAAACAUCGAGGUCUGAUUCUCCUUCGACCCUUUCUAAAUUCAGAGAACUUGGCAGAGAGCAUCCUGCUGACGCGACUGACAGAAACUGACGGCAGUCUGGGAGUUUUCACGCAGCGUCAUUAGGGUUUGGUGAACAGAAGCCUUACUGCACUGAUUUGUCAAAAAAGCACGUAACUGUAGGAAUAUCGCUCUUUAGUAGUUUAUAUAAUGUGUACGUUUUUGAAAAGAAACUAAGAAUGCGCUAAAAAACAUCAAAACGGGAAAAGCGGCUUGAAGAAGCUACGGAACGCCUGGUGAAGAGAAGUUCUUCAUAGACACAUCACAGUUGAACUCGGUAAAGUUCCUAGACGCGCGCGUGUCCGUGCCGUGUGGAGAGAAGCAUGCGCAGAGGCGAGGUGUUCGUGGCGCUGCUCCUGGCUGUGCUGAGCUCUGCGGCGCGCGGAGGAGUGAAGAGAAACCGGAGAAUGUGUACAGAUCUUCCCGAGGAGAUUCUGGAGCAGAGGUUCGGUCGCCUGUCUGUCGGAGUUCUCAGCGCUUUCCAUCACACACUCCAACUCUCAGCCGAGCCUCAGAACCUGAGCUGCCCCUCAGCAUCAGCUCUCCUGCAGCGCGUCAAGAGCUCGAGCGUCCCGGUCAAUCUGCUCAGUCUUUCCCCGUGGGCGUACAGAUUGAAACACGACCCCUCGCGCUACCCCCGCUAUAUUCCCGAGGCGUACUGCCUGUGUAAGGGCUGUCUGUCGGGGCCGAGCGGUGAGGAGACCGAGCACUACCGCAGUGUUCCCGUGUUCGUACCCACCGCCGUGCUGCGCCGCUCACCCACGUGUGUUGGAGGCCGACGUUCCUACACAGAGAGCUACGAGUCCAUACCGGUAGGCUGCACGUGCAUACCGGUGAAAAUGACCGAGACAACUACACACAGGAGCAAUCAGAGGAACCGGACAGCCGUGCACAACCCCAAGAAGCGAGAAAAAAGUCGCAAACUUAACCACAGGGCCGCUGUUUAACCAAACUGCACAUGCUGCUUAAAAUAAAAACCAUUUCAACACCAGCUACGUUCACACUGCAGGACAAAAGUGCCCUAAAAUCUGUUUGUUUGGUUAGCCCUGUCGCUUUGUACCUCCAGGGUUCGCCUCUGGUCUGCGUGCAUGGAGUUUGCAUGCUUGGUGGGUUUAUUCCAGUUUACUCCCACAGUCCGAAGACUUGCAGAUAAGCCUAACUGGCAUUUCCAAAUUGCCCGUUCUGUAUGAAUGAUCGUGUUUGCCCUGUGAUGGAUUGGCACCCUGUCCAGGGUGUACCAUGCCUUGUGCCUCAAGUCUCCUGGGUUAGGCUCCAGGCCUCCACAAUACUGUACAUACAGGAUUAAGCAGUACAGACAAUGAUGAGUGUUUGUUUACCCCAAAAAACAAAAGAAUAAACAGCACACAUCACAUGCCGUUUGAUCUUUUCAGUUCUGAUGUGGCCCAGUUCCAUAUGUGGUUGUGAAUUAGGUCUUAUUUUUCCAGUGUGACUUCAAUCAAAUUACAAUCCAUGCAAUUUUUGUCAAGUCAAGUUUACAGUAGGAAAGAUGGAAGAUGACGGAAGAAAUAAUAACUGUAAUUGGUGGGAUAGUGAGGUAACAACAGCCAUCAUAAACACAAACACAUUGGUGUGAUGUUGCCGUACAAGCAAAACUAGAAAGCUAGUAUCAUAACCGCUCUGUGCUUGAACAGAUUUUAAAAGAAAUAUCUGAACUUGACCAUAGGAGAACUUGAAUGCAUUGAAACAAAAAAAGGAUGAAUCUAAGGACAAAUUAAAGCUCUCAUGACCCGUUCAUCCAUUUGCGCAUGAAGGUCAGUUUAAGAAAGUGGUCUGUUCAGACUAAUGUCAAAUAAAGUAUACAGGUCACACUGAAAAUAUUGUGAACAGUCUAACUAAAACCAAUAAUAAUGAUAAUAAUAAAUCAGAUUUGGUCAGCAAAUUGGUUAUUGCUCACUUUUGUCUGCUGUGUGAACAGAGCCAAAGUCUUGUAUUUGAUGUAACCUGUUUUUUUUUUUAUUGUUAGUCAGGUUACUAAACCAUAUAUCAUUAUAAUGCUGCUGAAGGAAUUAUAGUAUCAUAUCUGAAUGCACUGUAUAGGUGAUAUGUCUAUAUUCUGCAUAUUCAUAUUCAGAAUU